AUGAUGUUUGUAAUAUAUGAUUUAUUAUAUCUUAACCUUUGGAGCUCCUCCAUCUUCACCUCCACUCUCACCCCGCUCGUCGGCAUCGGGGUCAUCGAACUCGACCGGAUGUACCCUUUGAACCUGGGGUCAAACAUCGGCACCACGACCACGGCGAUUCUCUCAGCCUUAGCCAAUACGGACGGCCUCAAAAACGCGUUACAAGCAGCCUUCUGCCACCUCUUCUUCAACAUCACCGGCAUCCUCCUGUUCUACCCCAUCCCCUACCUCCGCUUCCCCAUCCCGCUUGCCAAAUUUCUAGGCAACUGCACGGCCGAGUACCGCUGGUUCGCCAUCGUCUACAUCCUCCUCAUGUUCUUCCUCUUCCCCGCCCUAGUCUUCGCUCUCUCCAUCCCGGGCUGGUACGUCCUCCUCGGCGUCCUCGGGCCCGUCUGCCUUCUCUUCAUCAUCAUCGGCGUCAUCAAAUGCCUGCAGGCUAAACGUCCCCAGAGCCUGCCCAGAAGCUCCAAGACUGGAUGUUCCUACCCCAGCCGCUACGGUCUUUAG